ACUGGGGUCUGGAGCUCCAGUAAUACAUUGUAUGUGUGUUAUAGAAUACAAACACAUCAGGUACUCUUCAAAACAUCCCAGAACGAUGCGCCGGGCACAGAUAUCAUUUUCCGGGGCAGUGGACCUAAACACGUUUGAUUUACCCGCCGCUGUUCGGCGAAACGAACGGAACCCGUUUGCGUUAGAGAAAGAAGCAUACUCGCUCGGAAGUGUACCGCAAAGGAAGUUAUCUCCGGUGUUCGACGAGAGGAACCGCCCAUCUCCCAGACCCCCGGAGGAGGAUGCUGAUUUGCUUCCAAUUACAGAACAACCAAGGCCGCUAAGGCGAAUCAGGCGUGAACUGGCUAGUCCCCCUCCUGACGAUGAGUCGGAGAGAGAGAAGACACCGGGCAAAGGAAAGACAACUCUGCUCAGACUUAAACCGAACAUGAGGACAGUCGAAGAUGAACAGAAGGAAGAAACAACUCGGUAUAAAUCUUCCGCUGUAUCUAAGUCUAUUGUGGCGGCUAAGGAGGAUACAGUACACGAAGGCAAACCUGUUAAACCUGUCACAGCUAAACCUGCAAAAGUUAAGCCUGUAAGUGUGGCGUGGCCAGGCCAGGAUGACUACUGUGCCCAGAGCUGUAUUCUGUGGUGUUGCUGCUGUGUAGGGCGGACAAAGUGGCCACCUAAACGGCGCUGCUGUCGGGAACAGACGUUGUUUGAAUUCUGUUGUCCCUGCUGUCGUGUACGUAUCUGCUGCCCGUGCUGUGUGGAAUGCUGCGACCGGUAUUCAUGCAGGACGUGUUGUGAAGGAAUGGGUAAAUACAUGCGUAAGGAGUGUUGUGUCAUAUGUGUGGACAUUUCAGACGACGAGGAGGAAGACAAUAAAGACGACGAGAAAAGUAAAAAAAAUGAAAAGGAUAAAAAAGAUGGAAAGGACAAAAAAGACGAAAAGGAUAAAAAGGAUGGGAAAAAGAAUGUGGACGAAAAAAAGAAAUGAUUACAAUUUAAACGUUAUCAACCAAAUUGUAAAGGGUGGUUUAAGAUGGAAUGUCUCUCCAGCUUCAUCAACCAACCAUGUAUACAAAUCGAUAAUAUCUAUAUUAUUUAAUGCAAUAUUUAUAAUUUUGGAGAAGACCUUAUAGAAGUUUAGUUUCCUGUCUUUUCCUUUGAUUUAUUUUCAAGAAAAAAUCAAAAUCGCUAAAAGAUUCCCGGUAUAGGUAGAAUCUUCUAUAUGAUGUGAAAUAGGAUUUGUAUCAAAUCAAAAGGAACCGAUGGACACUCCUGGCGUUGCUUGACACUCAAGUCGUACGCUUGUUAGCUUGUUCAGUGUUCUACGUCCUUGCAAUUCAGCUUCAAAGUCGCACGGAGACAUAGUUCAGCAUCAAUGUAAAGGGUAUAAAAUAGCCACCACCAGCAAUAUAACGACAGGAUUUGACGUUUUGCUUUGUACCUUUUGAUGCAACUGAUAGUGCUUUAGUAGUGUAUUGUCAAACUAUCAUGAUCAAUGAAAGAAUUACCAUCGAUGAAAUGUAUGUACCACAUCAUACAUGUGUAGCAGUGGUGGAUUUUGUAGAUUGAACAUCAACAAACACUGUGAGAGUUCUUCACGAUUUAUUAUGCGUAGUUCCCAUUCUUUAGACAUAAAUGAUUAAAACCCUACAAUUAUAUAAUAAUUACAUUUCAGAUAUAUGUAUGGGAUCUACAACUCAUUCAUAACGCACAUAUACAUGUAGCACACUGUGAAUUCACAAGAAGUUUUUUUAAGAUGUUACAUGUAAGAUUAUAGUUCUAUAAAUUAUAAAAGUUUUAUUACAUCUAGA